GCCACGCCUAUCAUUAGCAUGUGUCUUUAAAAAGAGGAAUCUGCGAAAAUACUGCAUUCGCUUUUCUGUUGCUAUAGAUUACAGUUAUGCCUGAGCCAAAAGCUGCCCCCGCUCCUAAGAAGGGCUCAAAGAAAGCCGUUUCUAAGAGCCAGGCGAAAGGAGGAAAAAAACGCAGAAAGUCUAGGAAAGAAAGUUAUUCUAUUUACGUGUACAAGGUACUGAAGCAAGUUCACCCUGAUACUGGCAUUUCAUCUAAAGCGAUGGGAAUUAUGAAUUCGUUUGUGAACGAUAUCUUCGAGCGCAUCGCCGGUGAGGCUUCUCGUCUAGCACACUACAAUAAGCGAUCGACUAUUUCUUCCCGGGAAAUCCAAACUGCUGUGAGGCUCCUGCUACCAGGAGAACUUGCCAAGCAUGCCGUGUCAGAAGGCACCAAGGCAGUUACCAAAUACACUAGCUCCAAGUAAACUGCAGAAUUACUAAUCGAAGCCAACGGCUCUUUUCAGAGCCACU